AAAACGUAACAGGACUGUUUCCAAAUUUAACAUUCUAGUUACUGGAGUGUUAAGAUGAGUUCCAAGUAUCCGCCGUACCCGCCCUACGAGCCCACCCCCGCCCCGCCCUCCGUGGCCGAUGCCAUCGACGCUGGCCACAGCUUGAGUGUGCAGCACAAAUCUGUGUUCCGCCCGUCGGUGUACCCGGUGCCAAAACCUGCUAGGCCAAAAACACCCAAAGUAACCGAUGUGAAGAUGUCCCGUCGCGCCAUGAGGGCGCACGCUUGCUGCCUUCGUCGCCACGGUGCGGUGCUCACCGACCGCCUCGAGAGGCUGGCCAAGCCGCGCCGGCGCAACAUCAUCUACUUGUGGCGAGAACAUGCGGAAUUAUUGCCGCCUGAAACAAUAGAACGGUUUCGGAACAUGCUCAGCGCGGACGAGCCGUUCAAACCCGACCAGGCGUAUGAAUACUUCAUCACUUGCCGCAAAGCUAAGAAGAGGAAUGCGGCUCACUGCAGCCUCGUAAAGAAGGACACGCACGCGGUGGUGACGGACAAGCGCUUCUUGUGGGCGCGUAAUGCGACCGUGGCGUUCGCGCGCGGCAUCCAACAGAGAUUGUCCCGCCCCGGACGGUACACGCUAGCUGACGGGAUGCUACGCCUGUCCAAUGUGAUUUUGGACGAAACAUGCGGAUACAUGAAAAUGAGGACUCCAUCUCGACGAUGUACCAAUUCUAAGGCUAAAUUUAUGAUGGAAAUGUCCGAUAAGAUUGCAGUUUGGAUUGAUGAGAUACUAUCAGAAUCUGAUGAUCGAAUGUUAAUGAUGGACUUUGAUGAGGACGAUGAAGUGGAAAGGAGCAUACUAGAUGAAAGCAGACCUCCGGUCUCCGUGGUCCCUUCAACUAUGACGGUCCUCGCUGCGCCGGAUGCCGCUGAUACUGCUGCCGGAAGCGGCUCCCCCAGCCCCGUGGCUCCAGUCGCGGUCCCAGGAGCAGCAAGUCCACCGCCACAACCUGCCACCACAGGGGAUACAAACCCACCACCGCCACAACCUGCCACCACAGGGGAUACAAACCCACCACCGCCACAACCUGCCACCACAGGGGAUACAAACCCACCACCGCCACCGGCGCCAGCCAACAUACUGUUCCCAGGCAGAUGGUCAGCAGGCGGCGGCGAUGAUUUUGCAGAUGAUUUUCUUAACAUGAUGGGCGAAGAAAUUGGGCACUCUACGUCAGCUAAAAUCGGCUCCAAUAACGCUAGCUUAGAAACAGUCCUAAAAAUGCAAGUCACCGAUAGACCAGAAUCUACAGCUCCUACUUGAAGCAGUCAUUAUUUU